CCGUCCUUAGUACUGUUCAAUCGUUAUGGCCGUUCUAAUCGUACUGCUCGUCGGUGUUCUAACCCUCGCCGCUUGGUUUGUGCAUCAGCACUUCGGCUAUUGGAAAAGACGCGGAAUUCCCCACGAUGCACCCAAAAUUCCAUUCGGCAAUACUAAAGAGUUGAUGAAAACUAUGCAACUAUCGGAUAUUUUCAAGCGGACCUACUUCAAGUAUAAGAAUAAGACCGAUGGACCGUUUGUGGGAUUCUAUAUGUAUUUUAAAAAGAUCGCAGUUGUCACCGAUAUUGAUUUCGCCAAGACUGUGUUGAUCCGCGAGUUUGACAAGUUCCACGAUCGCGGUGUAUUCCACAACGAGCGAGAUGACCCACUGACCGCUAACCUGGUGAACACCGAGGGUCAAAAGUGGAAAACCCUGCGGCAGAAACUGACCCCAACAUUUACCUCUGGCAAAAUGAAGACCAUGUUCCCCAACAUUUUGAACGUGGGGGAUGAGAUGAUUAAGGUAUUCGAUAAGAAAGUUUCCGAAAGUAAGGACUUCUUGGAGAUCACAGAUAUAUUGGCCCGUUUCACCGCCGAUGUCAUCGGAAGCUGUGCCUUCGGCUUGGAUUGCCACAGCUUGUCGGAUCCCACGGCUGAGUUUGUUCAAAUGGGAACUGCUGCCAUUACCGAACGACGUUAUGGAAAGUCAUUGGAUUUGUUUCUGUUUGGGGCCCCGAAAUUGGCUGCCAAGUUGCGUAUGAAGGCAAAUGUUCAAAAGGUCGAGGACUUUUACAUGAAUAUCGUUAAGAAUACUGUGAACUACCGCGUAAAGAACCAAGUGAAACGAAACGAUUUUAUGGACAUGCUGAUUGAAAUGAAGUUAAAAUACGAUAAUGGCGACAAGCAAAAUGGCUUAACAUUUAAUGAAAUCGCCGCCCAGGCUUUUAUAUUCUUCCUGGCUGGUUUUGAAACUAGCUCUACAACCAUGGGCUUUGCUCUGUAUGAGUUGGCGUGCAAUCAGGAUAUUCAGGAUAAACUAAGGACAGAAGUGGAUAGCGUUUUGGAGAAACAUAAUGGAAAACUAGACUACGACAGCAUGAGGGAGAUGACCUAUUUGGAAAAGGUCAUUGAUGAGACCAUGAGAAAACGUCCCGUAGUGGGUCACCUAGUUCGCAUUGCAACUAAACGUUAUGAGCAUAGCAAUCCCAAGUAUUACAUUGAAGAAGGCACUGGAGUGAUUGUGCCCACCUGGGCCAUUCACCAUGAUCCCGAGUUCUACCCCGAACCAGAGAAGUUCAUCCCAGAGCGGUUCGAUGAGGAUCAGAUUCAACAGCGUCCCGCUUGCACCUUCCUGCCCUUUGGAGAGGGUCCCCGAAACUGCAUUGGUCUCCGCUUUGGAAGAAUGCAGGUCGUCGUGGGAAUGGCCCUGCUCAUCCACAACUUCAAGUUCGAAAUACACCCUACCAAAACUGUUGUACCUCUAGAAUAUAGGGCCGACGAUAUUCUGCUGAGUUCAAAAGGCGGAAUUCAUCUGAAAGUCAGCAAGUUAGGGAAGCAAGAACAACUGGCCAGACAAUGGAUCGUCUUCGGGGUUGUGAUAAAAGCCACGGUCCGUGAACUUGUUAAAGUCCUUGAUCAGGAUCUGUUUUGCCAGAGAAGUUUCCAGGACGAAAACAGCCGGGCGCUGGAACCAAUAGAAGCCAGCAAAGGGUCCGGUUCCUCGGAACUUCUUGUAGUAGCUCAUCCAGAUCUCGUGAAACGAUCGCUUGCUUCGUACUCCUUUCAUGCUUCCCAUCAGGAUGUGAGGCUCUUCGCAGGGAAUUCCCAACUCCUGCCAGUACCUCAUGGUGCUACGCAAUUUCACCAACAGCUGCGCAGGAAGCCGUUCACUAGCGUGCCAUGUCGCUUGUCCACUAAGGACCUCUUUCCAAAAUACAGAAACUCGGCGUUUUCAUCUCGCAGACUGUUGCACUUAAUGCCAAAGGCACAGGUUCCGAUCACAUCGACCGUAAAUCUGGAUACCAGAUCACGAAUAUCCAGCACAGAGUUUUUGGAUACCUUUUCGUGCAUCACCGUCAUAAAUUCGUCGGCCACGGACACUACUGUCGGAUACAUGAACUUCAUUUUGCCGGAUGUUGAAGAGAUGUGCGGAUAUGGGAUCAUCCUUUUCGUUGUAGAACAUUCCUUUGUUAGAGAAGUUGGAGAAGUCCUUGACCAGGAUGUGCUUGGCCAGAUCCAGAUCAAUAACAAAUGCGGCUGGAUUCUGGAAAAGGAAGAACCCAACAAAUGUGAUUUUGGAUACCCCUCAGACGUGUGUGUGUGUGUAUUGCAUGUGAUUCAGAACAAACGAUCUGUGUACGAAAUGCAAAACAUGUGGAUCAUUUUCCUGAUCAUCGGGCUGUUGGUGCUCGGGCUGCUGGUUCUGUUAAUUAUAGCGGCCCGGUAUCAGCGCGAUUAUUGGCGCUAUCUGAACAUUCCGCACGAGAGACCCAAAAAGCUAUGGCCUAUCAUUAGGCAAAUAAUGACGCAGUCACUGAGUACGGAUGCAAUGAAGGCGAAUCAUUACUCGGCCAUAUACAACAAGUUCAAGGGAAGCGGUCCAUUCUGCGGAUUCUACGCUCUGCUGCAGCCACGAGCUUUGAUCCUCGACCGGGAGCUGAUCAGGCAGAUAAUGAUCAAGGACUUUUGGAACUUCAACGAUCGGGGUUUGUACUGUAACCAGAAAUCGGAUCCUUUGUCCGGGGAUCUCUAUGCCUUGCGGGGGCAGAGCUGGAAGGAGAUGCGCCAGAAAUUGGAUCCCAGUCUGGAAGGCGAUCGCAUGUCCUGGUUGUUUGGCUGUCUCUAUGAGGAGGCGGCACAGCUCCUCCUGACCGUCAGCUCCACCCUGAUGAAUCAGCCGCAUUCCACUGUGCACAUACAGAAGAUCAUGAGACGUUACGUUCUGUCUGCCCUGGCCAAUUGCGUUUUUGGCCUGGAUGCCCAGCAGAGAUUGUCGUAUCCCCUGGACGACUUUGAGCAGAUGACCGAGAUGGCCUUGAGUAGUCAUAAACAUGGUUACCUAAUGAACCUGAUGAUGAUACGGUUUCCAAACUUUUGCCGACUACUGCGCAUGCGUCGCACGCCCAAACAGGCGGAGGAGUAUUUUGUUAAACUCCUAUCGAAUAUAGUGGAACAGCGUGAGGCCUCGGGAGUACGCCAUCAGGACUAUCUGCAGCUGUUGAUGGAGAUCAAAGCUCUGGAAUUGAUUACCCAUCAGUAUGAAUCGGAUAAGGAGUUGGGCUUACAUCUGCAAAAUGAAUUGGCCGCCCAUGCGGUUGUCUUUUUGAAGGCAGGAUACGAACAAACGGCCAAUACUCUCUCAUACGUACUCUAUGAGCUUGCUCUACAUCCGGAACUGCAAAUCCGAGUGAGGGAGGAGCUUAAGAAGGCCAUUGAAAGGCAUGAGGGCAACAUUAACUACGAGUGCAUUCAAUCGCUGGCUUUCAUGGGUCAGGUGAUCAACGAAACUCUUAGAAUGCAUCCCAUAACGCCCUACAUCCUGCGCCGUACCCUAAAUGACUAUGCAGUUCCGGAUCAUCCCAAGUACAUACUGGUCAAGGAGCUGUUCCUAAUUAUUCCCACACAUGCCAUCCAUCACGAUCCCGAUAUCUAUCCGGAACCCGAAGAAUUCAAGCCAGAUCGAUGGGCUGGACCGAGGGAUUCGCUGAAGGAGCAGGGCACUUGGUUUGGAUUCGGAGUCGGUGCUCGCAGCUGCAUAGGGAUUCAAUUUGCACAGCUGCAACUGCGAUUGGCCUUGGCUCUACUCCUUUCCGAGUACGAGUUCUCGUUGAACUCCAGGAAACCAAUGGUCAACCUUGAAGAUGGUAUAGCGCUAACCCUGAUGCCAUUGGGAGUUAUAGAACACGGUAAUGAGGAAAGGGCGGUAUGAGCUGGAAUAUUAAAAAUGUAAGAUCAUUGACAUGAGCUAUAUCUCUGGGAUAUAAAAGUAGUUUACUAAAUAAUGUCUUUCGGACAAGACCUUUCAAAUACAUAUAUUGUUAAUACAAAUAAAGACAUGUCAGCCUUGGAUAUUAAAGUAGUAAACAAUUUAUGAAUUGUAGAUAAAUUUACAAUCAAAACAUUUUUGAAAACCUAACUGUCCGAAAUAAUCCGCCCACAAUGGUUUAUUUCAAUAAGUUUCCGCUUUGUGCUUAAUAAGGAAACUCAUUUCCGCUUAAAAAAAAUGUGUAAACGACCGAGAGAUUAAGCUUAUGUCAGUAUCUAAACCUCUAGCUUUAACUUAAUGACGAAGAAUUUACUCCAUGAACAAAGUCUAGAAAGCAAUAUAAAACUCAGCGUGGUAACUAACCAAAUAAAAUAUGAAACUUUUGGUCGGGUGAUCACCUAAUAGGCAAAGUCAACUUUAGUAUAGUUAAUUUUAAAGACAUUUUCUUUAUUUAAGAAUUUAUUUAUUUCGAAAAAACAUUUCUUUUAAAAUAGCUUGUUUAAUUUCUAUUAAAUACACAUUGUCCUCCUAAGGAUGAACCUUUUGAUUUGUUAAAAUAAUUCAAAAUUUGAUUCAUUGUUUGUUAUUUGCGGUUAGUAUAUAUCGUUUGUUGCAUUGUCGAUUGCUUGAUAUGGUUGGUUGGUUUGUCGGCUACCUUAAGAUCGGUAGCUCAGGCCUGUGCAGUACUUAAUUGCAAGAGUUGAUCGUUUUGUGUCAGAUAUCAGAUAUACAUUAUAAAGAGUCUGCUGCUUUCGUUGAUUAAUCAAUAUCGAAAUUAGAGUUACACUACACAUUAGCACUAAAAUUAGAUGUAUAAAUAAAUAAAACGUACGACAAACGAA